AUGAGUCCUCCACUCAAGUCCCCGAAAAGGAGAUCCAACACCUACGGAGUAACAAGAUCAAAAAACGAGAGUAACCUACAGCAACUUGAACCUUUCGAGUCCAUGGAAUCACGAACUUUUGGUCACGUUCUUCCUUCACCAUACUUUGGGUUGAGAAGUUCCUCGCCAGCCCGCUUCCGCGACUGGGCUUUGAUAGAGCUGGAUCAGAAGAAGCACCAAACGUUGGUGAAGGAGUUUGGAAAUACGGUACCCGAGACUCUUUCUCCAGUCUUUAAGGAGCCCCAGUAUAUGCAUUGGGAGGAUUUUAACCCGGGACGAAUGCGGGCAAUUUGCGUGGUUCCCGGGGCUCAUAUAUACACUCAGGCUGGUGUCAUGUCGGAAACUGAAAUGAGAUGUCCUGACUUUGACUUCGCAGUGCCAGGAAAGACUGUUGUUGAUGAGGAUUUCAUGGGAGUAUGCAUGUAUGGUAGCGCUAGCGGAGCAAGCCACGGUGUCACCAAUACAGCUAGGCACGGAGAUUCGGGCGCCAGUGUCAUGGGAGAUGACGGUCGUGUCGCGGCAAUUUUGACGUCUGGUGCCCAGGGCAGUAACCGAGGAAUCCAUCAUAUCUCGUAUGCGGCGCCCAUUGAGUGGCUGUUGGAGGAUAUUAGAGGACACGGAUAUGACGUGGAGUGGAUGGGCAAAGAAAUCCCUCUGGAUUAUAUCCACAACCGUCUCUAA